AAGAAUUACGUUUAUUAGCAGUUGUUAAAGCACUAGAUAUUAGCAAAAUCUUACAAUCUGCAUAUAGAACAAUUGCUAAUUUUAGUCAAAGUUUGCCACAUGAAUGGGCAGUUUCUAAAGUGAAAAAGCAACUUAUGUAUAAUAUAGCAAGUCAAAUAAAAACAGCUUUAUUUGAUCUUUUAACAAAUUUAUUAAAUAAUUCAACUAAAAUAAUCGAUGAAGAAAUUCAUUUUAAUGAUCAAAAUAUUGUUAAAUCAGUCAUAAAAUCAGUUGAAAAAGGCAUAUAUAGAUCAAUUAAAGACAUUUUGGCAUAUCUAAUUCUAACAUUAGUACAAAAUAAAAUAUUAAAUUUAGAGUCAAAAAAUAUUUACUUGCAAAUCUCUAGUGAUGGUCGCAAUGUUAAACAUAAAGUAAAGCAUGUGAUGUUUAUAUUUAGUAUCUUAAAUAAUUUAUUAAAUAUUCACAAGCCUAAUUAUCACUAUAUGUUAGUUCUUUAUCCAAAAGUAAAAAAAUAUGAAAGCUUAGAAACUGUACUAGCACUUUUGAUUUUAGAUUUAGAGGAUAUAAAAAUGGAUUUAUUGAUAAACAAGAAUGACUAUAGAAAAUUUAUUUGUAUUUUUCAGCAGAUUGGAAGAUGUUUGCACUUUGUUUUAGAUACAAGACAGCUAAUGCUAAUUAUUUUUGCUUAUAGUGCAACUGUAAGAAAGAUGAGAAUAGUAAUUUUGAAAAAGACUAAAAAAUCACUUAAAGCCACUAAAAAAUUUGAUAGCAAAUAUUUUGAAAUUAUUGAAAAAAUGAAAAGAAUUAACAUUUAUUUUGAAUUUUGGCAAGAGAAAGAAACAACUAGUUGGAAAUAUACUUCUCUAAUAGAGAGUAAUAAGCUUAAAGUACUUUACAACUUCAACUUAGCAAGAAUUUUACCUAACGAUUAUGCAAUAUUAGUAUGCAACUUGUGA